CGCGACAAGGGAAGAGGGGAGCUGUGCAGUGCAGUGCGGUGCAGUCGCCGGACCGAGCCUUUCACACCUCCACCUCCACCCGUCUUCCUCACUUCAUCCAUUCAAUUCUCCUUCUCCAUUCUAAACAUAAUCGCCAUGCUCAGCAAUGCCCCCCCGCGGUAGGCUCUGUCUUGGUUGUGUACCCAUACCCAACGCUUCGAGACUGCGAGAGGUGAAGCUCCCUCUCUCUCUCAUCAGCAGUAAAAAAAGCUACGCCCUAGCCUUGAGCCGUCGCGUCUAUUCCAGACGCAGACACCCUUUCUAAGCCUCGGCCUUGUCAACAAAAGAGCCGUUCCUGCGCUGAGAUUUUGGCCCCUGGCAGAUCUAUUCUAUUCCAGCCAGGCUGUGCAAGGCUGUAAGGAUUUCUCAGAUCUCGUUUCCAAUUCAAGCAUCAUCAAUCAUGUCGAGCCUCAAAGAUAUCAUGGAUGUCGACGUGGAGCCGUUCGAGUCCCAGGCCUAUAGAAGGUCGAAGGAAGCCGCCCAGCAACAAGCCUCCCGUGCUGCCAUCGUACCAUCAUCUGAGACGUCAUCGCCGCCCAUCGACGACGACGACGACGACGACAAGAACAACAGCUUCAAGGGCAAGACCCCUCUCAGGCGGCGCAGAUCAAACCGAGUCUCGAAGCCCGCUGCUCAGCCCACAGCCGCACGCCAAAACAUCUCUCGCCGGCGUAGUAGCACCACCGGGGAAGGUAUGGACUUCUCAGGGUAUCAGCCAGGAGGCUCCAAUCAAGCCAGCAUGUCGGGGAGUCCUCCACAAUCAUCAAGAGGAUCUGAGCCAGCAGCAGAUAUGCCUGUGAAGUACACGCCUGUGACAGGGCGCAUUAGCAGAGCAAAGAAGGGUGUACCCGUUCACACGUGCGAGCUAUGCCGCCCAGUCAAGACCUUCACGAGAGCAGAGCAUUUAAGGCGUCACCAACUCAGUCACCAGAAACCUGCCUACCCAUGUACAUUCGAGGAUUGCGAGAGAGCUUUCCACCGGCCAGAUCUCUUAGCUCGACACUUGCAUCGCCAUGAGACCCAAGGCGAGAAAGCCUACAAAUCAGGGGAUCCCCGCAGCAGAGCAUCAUCAAGCGCAUCCGAGAGCCGGACUCCCUCUCUCAAGGUAGAAACACCGUCCCAGGCGGGUAGAGCUGCGAACCAGACCUCACCAACCGACUCCUUGACUCCCAGAACGAGUGGGAGUGGUGAGAGUUCAAUGACUGCCUCAUCGUUCAGCACCAUCACAACAAGUUUCCAGGCAGUAAACUUCUCUCCAGGACCGGGAUCCUCAAACAAAAGAUCUGCAAGCCAAGCUCAAUUACCCGAAACAAAUGCCUAUCAGCCAACGUCACCAGGCUCAGGGUCCAGGCCAUCUGGAAACUAUGACCAAAUGGCUAAUCAAAACAACUAUACUCGUGCGGCCCAGUCCCAAUUUAACGAGGUGUAUGAUGAAGGAGGAAAUGCUCAGUUUACAGGCUAUCCUACCACGCCUCAGUUGCCACUUUUGAGAAUCCCCGAAGAGACCUAUACGCCAGGUCUCAGUUACACGCAAGACAACUCCCCCUGGUGUUCAUCGGCGUCUGACAGCACUUACUCGACUCAAUCGGACGGACCGAGAAAUCUUCCUCAAUGGACUCAACGGGGUCGGUCAGCUUCAAUCUCAGACUGGCCAGUAACAGCAGCGCUCUGGUCGGCUACUCCUGCCAGCGUCACGCCUCAGGACCUACGAGCGACACCUUUCGACUCCAUGCUGGACCAAUAUGACACGCCCUACAUGUCGCCCCGAAUGACACCUCCAUCCAGAGGGCGCCAGCUCCUGGAUGUACCCGGCGGCCCGUUUGGCGGCAUUUAUAUGGAAUCAGUGGGUACUCCAGCCCUCUCGACGUAUAUCAAGCCAUUGGCUCAACAUUUUCCAGCAUCUGCCUCAAGAAUAUCCGAUUCGGGGUUGGCAAGCGCGGCCAGAAGACCGAAAGAAAUACUGUUAGAGUUCUUUAACAUUGACACUACAACGAUGGCUUUGUACGGAGCACAACCGCAAUUCGAUCUCUAUCUUUCUAGCUACUGGCAAUAUUUUCAUCCACUUUUUCCAAUCAUUCAUCGCCCCACAUUCGACCGCACACAAGAUAACCUACUUACAAUAGCCAUGGCAGCUAUUGGCACGCAAUAUCAUGAUUCCCUCGAAGCCCGAACGCAGGGUUCCGAAUUCAACGAAGCCUGCAGGAAAGGCAUAGAACUAUGUCUCAACUGGAGCACUCAUACCAUGCAAGCAAUACUUCUGACCGAAUUUUACACCCGUUUCAGAGGACGAAAAGUUGUUGUUCGAUUAUCUAGACAUUUUGAAGAGCUUUAUUCCAGACUUUUGAAUGAUUUUGACCACGGCACUACCCAAACGAUUCAGACCCCUAGCGAGGCAACUUCAGCCAAUGCAUUAAUCGAUCGGUUCGGUGCACAAGCGCAAGCAGAAGGCCAACCGAACCUUGAUGAAAAUAGCAAUUGGUCACAAUGGCUCGAGAAGGAGGCGAGGCGACGCUUGCUAAGUGCGUGCUUCAUGUUCGAUGUACACCAAGCCAUGUACCACCAGCAAUCCCGAUUCAAAACCCCCACCGACGAAUCGAGAUUUCUAGUUUGCCUGCCUGCCCAGGACCACGUUUGGAAUGCCGGGAGUGCCUCAGAGUGGCUAGUCCAGCGACCAAACCACCAAACUCAGCCGCUGCGCUUGGUGGAGCAAGACCUGUCCACUCAAGAUAUCUUCAGCACGUCCUCAUUUACCCAAUCGCUCCUGAUCUGUUGGUUCACCUCGAGUCUCCCCCCUCGCGAGGAUCCGACCUAUCCAAACGACCUCCUUCCACAGAUGCACCCUACGAUCGACAAUUUUAUGACACUUUUCCCGAAUUCUCCACAGGCACACACAUACCUUGCUUUAUAUCACACCCCUCUACAUGACUUGCUAGCGAUAGCAGGGGAUACUUGGGUUUUUGCCUGGAAGAUCACGCCACCAUCGGCCUUCCACGCUGCUCAAUCUCGCCUCAAGAUAUGGUCCACUUCUCUUGCCGCUGCGCAGGCCACACGCCACGCCUGCCGAAUCCUCUCUGAAUCGUUGACCCAGCCCUGGACAUCAUCUCCUGAUGACCGCCCAAACACCCCGCACUGCAUAUCAGACUACUGGAGUUUGUACGUUUCCGCGCUGAUUUGUUGGGCCUUUGGACAUCGAUACCAGAAUUCCAGCGGCGCGAACAACGGCACACUUUCCCGUAGCAAUUCUUCCACGGCAAUCGGGGCAAUGGACAUCGAUGAAGCCACGAGUUCUGGCACUUCCCAUCUUAAAGCCGUCAAAUAUGCCAAUGAUAUUUUGAACCUCAGCGCGGAAGAGCUUUUGACCAGCAAAGCAGCUGUCAAGUGCGAUACUACUGGUGUUAUCGAUGCAGUUCGACAGCGCCUUGAAUUUGAAAGUGUGGGCAAUAAGAGCGGCCUGCUCGUUGAUGCAGUCACGGUUCUGACUAAAAUCAAAGAAGGUGGAAGAACAAAAGACGGUGGACGAACGAAGUGGUUCUAA